UCGCGCGAGCCUUCAUUCCUAAUCCAGAAAAUAAGCCUUAUGUUAACCACAUUGAUGGUAUCAAAUAUGAUAAUCGAGUAGAUAAUUUGGCAUGGGUAACUCCUAAAGAGAAUGCUGAACGUAAAGUUAUACGUACACAUAAAAUUUUGAGACCUCAUAUUUCGGCGUGUUGUAGUAGAAAGCGAAAUAUUGCUGGUGAUUGGCGUUGGAUGUAUUAUGAGGAUUAUUUAGAACAAGAUCUAAUGAUGAGUGGAAAGAAAUAG